AUGGACAUCACGUGUUCCUCCGUCCGUUUCGUGUUCUUCGGAAUCUUGGGCAUCUUAACAUCUGCGUACGCCGAGCACCUUCGAGUUGUCUGGUCAUCCGGCGCCUACGGCGCUAUUGGUGACCCCAGCGGAUCUGGCACCAAUGGCGGCUACACCGGCUUUGCCAUCAUCAACGACGCCGGUGAGGCUGUCUACGUUCAAGCUUACCCCAACGAUCACUCUCCCUACCUUGGUGGCGCGCCCAACACGUGCAAGGUGAAGGAUAGCAACGGCAAUGUCCUUGGUAGCGGCACGCACAUAGCAAAAGGAUAA